AUGUUGUCGGCAACCAGGCAUUCUGCUCUACGCUCAUUGCGUGCCCAGGCAUGCUCAAGAUCAUUCUUGUCUGAGUCGCAACCGUCCCUUCGCGCACGACUCCUCUCUACCCUCGCUAUCCUGGAGCAGAAGGAUGGCAAACUCAACAGUGGCUCAUUAGGGGCUGUCACGGCUGGCCAGAAACUUGGCGGGCCCGUACAUGGCUUCGUUGCAGCCAAGGCAGGGAAGUCGAUCGCGCAAGAAGCAGCCAAAAUCCAAGGACUGGAAAAAGUGGUUGCCGUUGAGAACGAGGCAUAUGAACGAGGACUGGCGGAGAACUGGGCACCUCUUUUAGUAGAAAACAUCAAAAAGGGCGGAUACACACACGUUGUCGCGUCACAAUCGGCAUUUGGAAAGAGCCUGUUGCCUCGAGUGGCUGCGCUACUGGAUGUCCAACAGCUAUCAGACGUUAUGUCCAUUGAGAGCGAAGACACAUUCGUUCGACCCAUCUACGCAGGCAAUGCAAUUCUGACAGUACAGAGCAGCGACCCAGUAAAGCUGCUGACGGUUCGACAGACAUCUUUCCCACCGGCCGAGACCGAGGGUGGUUCAGCAUCGGUGGAAGAGGGUGUUGACCCCGAAGUUGAGUCUCCCACUGAAUGGGUGUCGGAAGAAUUGGCCAAGUCCGAUCGACCUGAACUCGCCUCUGCUUCAAGAGUUGUCUCUGGUGGGCGAGGCCUGAAGUCCAAGGAGGAGUUUGACCGAUUAAUCCCACCUUUGGCUGACGCUCUCGGUGCGGCUAUUGGUGCAUCACGAGCAGCCGUCGACAGCGGCUUCGCCGACAAUAGUCUGCAGGUUGGACAGACUGGCAAGAACGUUGCACCACAGUUGUAUCUGUGCGCUGGUAUUUCUGGAGCCAUUCAACAUCUUGCCGGUAUGAAGGACAGCAAAGUCAUUGCUUGUAUCAACAAGGACCCGGACGCACCUAUUUUCCAAGUGGCCGAUGUUGGCUUGGUGGGAGACCUGUUCGAGAAGGUCCCAGAAUUGACCGAAAAGCUCAAGUCGUCAUGA